GACCGGCACGGAGGAGAGAGGCAUUCCGUGCGCGCGUCUCGCGUUCUUCAGCACCAUCACCAUCCGCAAGCAUCAGCCGGCCAGCCGGCGUUGUGUACACAGACAUCGGCUGUUGCGCACAAUGUAGCCCGGACGAAUACAACGGUGUCUUCUCAACACAAUAAUAAUAACUCUACGUUGUGUUGAAUUCUCUCCGGCUACCUCCUCCGUAUUACAGCGGCAGCGAGAGAGAGAGGGGGGGCAAUACGUUGGAUGGGGCAAACCGAAUGCAGAUAGGCUCUGCAAUCGAGACGUACGCCUGCAACGAAUAAGACACAGCGUGGGUCACGACACGAUCACGCAUCUCGCGCGCGCGGCGGGUGCAUCGCAAGCCAGCCAUGUCGGUGGGCGUGGAGGUGUCGCGCGAGAGGGUCGACGGGACACCGCAAGACGCGGCCGCGCCUCUGUCGCUGCCGCUGUCCGCUGCCGGAGCCGCCCCGCGACUCACCGCCAUCCGACUCGAGUCUGCGCUCGCCGGAAUCCGUCACCUCGAGAGUCUCAAGCGGCGCCAGGGGGCGCUGGUUCGUGCUGCCCUGCACGGCCCCUUCGCUGGGCAAGGGCACGGCCAGGGGCAAGUCCAGGGGGGGCAGGGUCGUCCAGACUCGCCCCCGUGCCCCCUGGGAGGGCGCGACUGGCUGUACGCGCUGCUCGUGGGACCGCACUUGGCGAGGCAGCACGACCCCGCGUGCGGCACGGCGGGCUCCGUGCAGCUGCUGGAGCAGCGCUUCUGCGAGCUCGGCCUUCGGGGGGAGGGCGGCCCCCCCGCCGCCGCCGGCUCGGCGACCCCCCCAGCUCAUCCGGGCGGCGGCGGCGGCGACACCGACGGCGGGGAAAGCCCCACGGCGAGCGGAGGACCAGCUAAGAUCUCGAGCCCCGAUGGGGUCUCGGCGGAAAGUGACAGCAGAGCGAGCUCCGGGUUUUACGAGCUGAGCGACGCGGGAACGGGCUCGCUCUCCACCUCCUGCAACUCGGUGUUCAGCGACCUCGUGCCCAGCCCGUGCCUGGGGUCCGCCCGGGGUCUGCCAAGCCUGGGUCCGUCCCGGGGGUCGCCCGCCCAGGGGUCCCCGUGCCCGAGCCAAACGAUCACGGAGCUGCAGGCGGCGGCGUCAGAACGGCGGCCGCUGUCUACAGGUGACCUGAAGAGGCUGGCAGAAGAAGACGUGAACGGUACCUCCACUGCCCCAGACGGGAAGGUCAGACGCUCAGCUUCGGAGCACGGCUCCGUUCCAGCGCCGCCGCCGCCGCUAUCGCCCCCCCGGCUCACCGUCCUGGACUCGGCCGAGCCGGGGGCGCCCUCUGCCCACCCAGCAAUGACGCCCGACACCCGGAGCCACGUCCACGGCACCUCGGAGGACACCACCGAGCGACUCGACGGAUUCAUCCGGGACCUGAUCGAGCGCCGGGGCGACGGGCGCCGCUUCAAGUCUCCCGGCAAAGCUCGUCCGAUAUCGACGACCGCGUCCAUCAACGGCGCUGACCGCCACCUCCGGCACGGCAAAGCGCAGCAGUCCGGCGCGUCAAGCGUGCGUGGCGAUGCCGCUCUGCCCAUUACGAAGCAGCAGCAGCAGCCGACGGCGCAGGAGGCGACGCGCACCGCCCCGUGCGACAACGGCGCGGGCGACGAUCGGCGACCGGGCGGCAGUGGCGCAGCCGAGGCAGUCGAAGGCUCGCUCAAGGAACCGAGGGCUCACGUCGCAGAUACGAUGAAGGUCGGCUGCCUGGCCGCUCCCUUGCCACCACUGCCGCCGCCGCCGCCUCCCGUGAUGAUGGCGAUCCCCGAAGAGCAGCAGCCCCCGAAGGCGGAAAAGAUUGUCAAGUUCGCCAAGACGAGCCGCUGCAGGGAGCCUAGCGGGAGGGCCGAGCUGCACGUGAACUCUGAACCCAGGACGGACGAGGGAAAGGGAGGCAGGCAGGCGCCCGCCAAGCGCUGCCGUUUCAGCGAGGACGUGGAGAUCAUCCGUGACUGCCGGCGGGCAGAGGGCGACAGCGGCGGUCGGCGGCGACGGUGGCGGGCGGCAAGGCGUGCCGCUCGCAGUCGGACAACAGCAUCGUGGGGCGGCAUGGGCGCAGGACGCAGCCGGCGGGAGAAGCGUCCGGUAGGAGGAAGGACGUCGCGGCCGCGGCGUCCGGAGCGAUGGCCGCGGCCGCUGCAGCUGCCACGACCACUGCGCCGCCCUUGACGGGGACUCCGCAGGUUCAGCAGCGGCAGCGGAGGCUGAGCUCGCACAGGCGCUGGCGGUCGACGGUCGAAAUCUGCCAGGGGGCGGCGGAGAGGGGCCUCGGUCUGCC